AUGGAUGAGAACUUCAUCUUCAACCUGAUAAAUCCAUUAUCUAGAAUCAAAGGGCGGAUUGCGAAAGAAAAAUCUAUCAUCAACCUUCCUGCAAUAAACAUUUCAGAAUAUGAUUUGAAAAAAUGGGCUAGCGAUAGUGACUACUGUACUUUUAGGGCUACAAUUUCAGCAUACCCAAUCUCAAAUGCAAAAGAUUGUAUUGUUACGGUUACACAUGAGAAUUAUUGUCAACUGGCUUUUAUUAGGAUUGAUAAAGACACAACAUGGACUUACAUUCGAUUUGAAGGGGCUCCUUUUGUGAUUGGAGAUGUUGUUUAUGUUGAAGAUAAAUUCUAUUACUUCCGGCGUAUGAAAUGGCUUUAUUCUUUUGUUGUUACUUCUAAUCAGUUCACCUUGCAAGAUGUAAAAUUGGUUGCAAAAUAUACUGCAGAUAAUCAUUGUGAGAAGGAAUACCUAGUGGAGUUAAGUGAUCGUAAAGAACUAUGGAUGGUUAGGAGGUACACGGUUUGGAAGCGUCGUCGACCUGGCCAAGAGGGAAUACUGAAGACAAAGAAAUUCAAAGUUUACAAAAUUAAACUUGAUGCCGAUGAGUGUAAAUGGACCGAGAUACACACUUUGGGUGGUUUUGCUCUUUUUGUAGGAGCCAAUUCUUCAAUAGCUGUGUUGGCUUCAAAUUUUUCAAGAUGCUUGACGAAUUGCAUUUACUUUGUAAAUGAUUGGACUGGCAGUAAUGGAUAUAAUUUUGAUGAUGUUGGUGUGUAUAACAUUGAGGAGAAACGCUUAUUGUCGAUUCCGAGACAUACUUUAAACAUGAUGAAGAUGAGCGGCCAAGAAUCAAUCUGGAUAGAAGCAACCAUGAAGUUAUAA